AUGAUUGAUUUACAUAACUACCUCAAACACGAUGGAGGAAGAGGAAGGAAAACUGGUAUGGCUUUAUUAGUAAAUAAAAUAUCAAAUUUAACGAUUAUAGAUGUUGAUAUCAAUAAAUCGUACAAUGAUGAACUUAAAGAAACAGUUAGAAAAGACAUUUUAUCAAAACUUUCGGAUAAAGAUGUUAUCGUUAAAACCGCUUCAGGAGGUCUUCACAUUUAUUGCAACACUAAUUUCUUCUAUUCAACCUCGAACAGAAUGAUUAAAUGCUAUUCCUGCAAUGAUUAUGAUAUUGAUAUCAUGACUUCUAUUGAUGAUUCAAAGCGUUCUUUAGUGGUUAUGGCUGAUUCAAGAGUUCGCAAGAAUGCAACAGAACCAAUCAAUACAUACUCAUUCAUUCGUGGAAGUUAUGAUUCAACAUUAACCAGAACAGUGAAUGAUAUAUUAAAUGAUUUGAAUAUUAAGGUAAGAGUUGAACAGAAGAACGAAGAAAUAAAGACUAUCAUGAAUGAAAACAAAAAUGUAAACAUUGACGAUAAACUUGCCCAGAGCAUAGUUGAUGGUAUUAGUGAUUUUGAAGUACAUAAUGACGGUGGAAAUAUGAAUUUAGAAAAAGAAGUUACAUUAUUCACACUGUUUCAAGCAAUUAAUUCGUUACCUAAUCAUUUAAUUAAUGAAGCAUACGACAACGUUUAUAACUUCUGCAAUUUAACAGAAAAUGCAAAAAGUAAUUUUGAAAAAGCACGUAGUAGAUAUGCACAUUUAAUGACUUCUCCAUUUGUUUUGGUGAAGAUUCUAAAACUAUAUCAAAAGGAAUAUUAUGAUGAAUAUGUUUUGCCUUUAUUACGUAAGCCAAAAAUAACAUUUGAUAUCAAACUUGAUGACUCGUUUUUGAUAACAGAUAUUAGACGCAAGGCUGAAAAUCAUCAGUAUAAAAACAGUUCUGAAGUAAUUGAGGAUUUAUCACGUGUAAUCCGUUUUGUAGAUUGUGGAAACAAAUAUUUCAUUCAAAAAGAUUACAACAUACACGACAAAAUGAAUCAAAUAUCAUUCGUUCUUCAAUCAAACAUGAAAGAGUCACUCAAAAUGAUUAAAUUAUUUAAAGAAGAAGGUAAAACCAUAACAGCAUGGGAUGUACUACUAAAUCAAUUGUCUUCAUUAACCGUUAAGGGUGUUUGCUUUAAAUCUG